AGAGAGAGGGCUAGUGAAUGUAAGAGAUAUGUUGUUUAUACUGAGCCCAGCUCAAAUUCAAUGCCAUCGGUGCACUGGUGCUCAUGUAAAGUGGGAAAUUAAAGGACAUUUCUUGGAAUGAAUUGCAUGCUUCUAUCCAAUGGAUGCAUGAAGAAAAGAAGUUCUGAAUUCUGUGAACAUGAACCUAGGUGAAAGCUGCAAAACUCCAGCUUUACAAGUUCACAUGGGAUGGUGAAAUAUCUCAACGCUCUUCAAAAGCACAGCAGCUCUUCUGUCAACCAACCACCACAAAGCACAACUGCAGCUCUGAAGAACUAAAUGAGGCUCCUCACAGAACACAUGGAUUAUUGCCGCUGAUUCAAGAGAAGAGAGCAUGGAGACCGUUUCAGGGGAUGCAGGUUGGGAAGGAUCCCUCCAUGCAACCAUUGCAUUGUCUAACUUCUCCUCCUCCUCAUUUUCUCAGCAUACUGGACUCAACGGCACUUUCAAAGGAGGAUCACAUUCCUUGUUGAUGUCUCAAAACAGCUCAAUAAACCCCACUCAGAUGCCCGGUCCAAUCAGGGUGCGGGACAUGUCUCUGGCUAAAGCUGAGAUUGGAGUUCUGGGUCUGGUUCUCGCUCUCACAACACUAGGGAACAGUUUUGUUCUGUGGGUUCUGUUGAGGCGGCGCAAAUAUAAUGCACCCAUGCAUCUAUUUAUGGUCAAUCUGUGUGUUGCAGACCUUGUGGUGGCAUUUUUUCAGGUGCUUCCGCAGCUAGUAUGGGAUAUCACAGAGAGAUUUCAAGGUCCUGAUGUGCUGUGCCGCUCAGUGAAAUAUCUGCAGAUUGUGGGAAUGUUUGCAUCCUCUUACAUGAUUGUUGCUAUGACAGUGGACCGCCAUAAUGCCAUCUGCUGCCCCCUGCAGGCUUACAAAGGAGGGGCAGUUUCACGAUGGAAUACACCCAUCAUGGUAGCCUGGGGUCUAGCCCUUGUUCUCAGUGUGCCACAGGUGUUUAUUUUCUCCAGGUCAGAGGUCUCUCCGGGGGUGUUCGAGUGCUGGGGGAAUUUUGCUGAGGCUUGGGGGCUGAAAGCGUAUGUCACCUGGAUGACUGUAGCUGUGUUUCUUAUUCCUGCCUUUAUUAUCACCGUUUGUCAGGUACGAAUAUUCAAAGAGAUCCAUGACAACAUCUACCUGAAAUCAGAACGUGUGGUUUCUGUUGACAUGAAGAAGAACCUAGUCAUUUUUCACUUCCCUUUCUUCAAAAAAAGGACCAGCACAGUCCGAGAGACAGCUAGAUGCUCGCGCAAGAUGAGAGAAGCAAGAGAACACCAUAAAAAGAACACCAAUGGUGACUCGUCCCAUUCCAACACCUGCAACUCACCAGAUCCGGAUUGUUGUGACCAAUCUUGUCAGGAUGGCAGUCCCAAAGACCUGGCCUCACAGAAUCACAGUUCAUCCCCUGAUGUGCUGCCUCGCAUUCAGACCCACCCUCACACUUUCUGGAGCAACUCCGCUGCUGUCCAGACACCACAUGGGAAUUCUGUUCCUCACAGUAACACUUAUAACACCACUACUGAGGAUUCCAGUGCUUCCUCAAACCCCUCUUUCCCACCUUACCCCCUCCAUCCACCUUUUAGAGGUGUAUCGAAAGCUAUGACUAAAACAGUGAGGAUGACUCUGGUGAUUGUGCUUGUCUACACCUUGUGCUGGUCACCGUUCUUCAUUGUACAGCUGUGGGCUGCCUGGGACCCCAAUCCCCCUGACCAAGGAGUGGCUUUCACUAUCCUGAUGCUGUUAGCCAGUCUAAACUCCUGUACAAACCCAUGGAUCUACACAGCCUUUUCCAGCAGCGUGUCCCGUGAACUUCUCGCUCUGCUGCGCUGUCGGCCAAAGCUGCCCCGCAGGAGCUCAAUGCAUGACCACUCCAGUGACAUAUACACCUCCACUACCAAGGACAACCAGUCCUGACCCCUACAGAAUAAACUAGCAUGGAGUGUCAACAGAGAUGGCGAUUUAUGCGGUUGUAUCUCUCCUACGCAUGUGGAAGACAUGUUGUCAAGAGAUAUUGCCACAUCUUCUAUUCAGUCUAUCUGCCAAUGCCACUUUAACCAAGUGAACUGUGAAGAGUGGCUUGUUAAUGACCAAACAGGACCAAUGUAUGGCAUAAAGAUGAAUUCAUGAGGAUCUUAUGCAAAAAUAGACCUCUGAGUAUGAGACUGAUCUUUGCCGUCUCAUGAAACAGGAUAAAGAAGAGCUUACUGACUCUCAUAAUAAACUUAAUUAAACUAAAAAAUAAUAAUAAUAAUAAUAAUUUAUUAAACAUUAUAUUUCAUCAAAGUAUUGUCAACUAUUGUGUGUGAGAUGGAGAUAAACGUCUUAACUGCAGAGGAAGAAGAGAUCAAGGCCUUAACUCCACAGCCAGCUGUUUCACCCCAUUUAUCAGUCUUUCAGCCGUAAAUCUGAGCUUAAUGCAUUCCUUAUUGGACAAGUAUCUGAUAAAUGGCUUUCAUAGACAUUCAGUACAAAAGGCACAGGUAUAAAACUGUACAUAUGUUGAAGAAUUGUAUAUUUAAUGAGGCGUAUUGAAUAAGGCUGAGAAAAUAAUAAUAAUGGUUUUAUUUAGUGAAACACCAGCAGUGUGCAAAGCAGCAACACUUUCAUUUCCUCAGUAACAGUCAAAUUAUUUAUAGUGCACUUAAAAGCUUAUUUAAAGUUGUGUGAGAAUAAACAGAAGUCACGAAUGUGAGAAGGACAUCAGGUUAUACAGUGCCUUGACUUUAACUGAUGUACAGUAUAAGUAUAUACAGAUCCUGGCACCUGAUACUUUGUGAAAAUAAUUUUCUUAAUCAGUAUUUUUGCUUAAAAUAAGAACAAAUAAUUUUACAGUUGGCCGGAAGCAUAAACCACUUAAAAGUCAUAUCUUGCAAAAGAUUGCUUAUCAAUUAAAUGUAUAUUCGUUUAAGGAUGGCAAAAUAUUUUUUUUUUGCUAUGAAACAAAACCAAAGUACUGAUUAAGAAAACAUUUUUGUAGCAGUAGCUGGUUUGACACACCAUAUAAAUGCUACAUAUACAUAUAUACUACAUAUAAAGGUUUAGAUGAAAUGAAAACACACAAGAUAUACUGUAAAUAAGUUAAAUAAAUAAAUAAAAAUCUGUUUAUCUAAAUCUAUUUAUUUUGAAUUUUAAAGAGAAAAUGUCUUUGUCAAAUCAUUGUGAUAUAGCCCAGAAACAAAAAAUAAUAAAGAAAUACAUAAAUUCAAGGUUGAAAGUGGGGUCUCUUUAAAAGUAACUGAGGAUAAAUACACCCUGAAAUCAUUUUUUGUUGUUAUCUGUAGACCUGUAUCCUUUGACUCUAAAAAUGUGAGCUGAUCUUCAUUUAAAUGUUAUUGACAGUCAAAGACGAUAUGAUUCAUGAAAUCAAAAGAUUAGAACAACUGACCCAAAUUAACCUCUUUGUCCAACAGCACUUUUUAACCUCACCUUUAGUGGUUAAUAUCAUUUAAAGGCCUUGUGGACUAUGGAAAAGGUUUACACAAUUACUUCACAUCUAUACAUUUUUGUUGAGGUGCAACUCACUGUUGUUAGUCUUUGCAGGAGUUGAAAUGAGUAAAAGAAGCAGUCAUAUAGCACAUACAUCAGGAGGUCACAAAUAACCCCAGGCUUACCACAAUAACCACUGGUCAAAGACCACCUUGAUGAUCCAAGGAGCUAUUUGAAGAAUGCAUAGCAGACAGAUAAGAUUAUAAAUGAGUUAAACUUAUGGCAUAAAUUAGGAUUGAAAGUUUGAUGAAGACAAAACACAUCACUGCAGGAAAUUAUCUCAUUCCAGCCAAAACAUUGUGAUGAGGUUAUCAUCUGGCAUCUGGACUGUAUGAUCUAAAAUUCUUCACAAACUGAUUUGUACGAAAGAUUCCUCAGAGGACUUCAAUAUUAAAGGAAAAGUUCACCCAAAAAUGAACAUUUGCUGAAAAUGUUCUCACCCUCAUGCCACCCAAGAUGUAAAUGAGUUUGUGUCUUCAUCUAAACAGAUUA